AUGGCUCAAGUCGACAUCAAAACCUCGUCAUGGAAGCUCGUUGAGGUCGGCCGUAUUGUGCUGAUCCGGAGCGGUUCUUACACGGGCAAGCUGGCUGUUAUCGUUGAGAUUAUCGACCAUAAGCGCGUCUUGGUCGAUGGUCCCGCCGGUCAUGAGAACAAAGUCGUGCCUCGCCAUGCCAUCUCCCUCUCCCACGUCUCCCUCACACCUUUCACCAUUCCCAAACUACCCCGCUCCGCUGGCACCGGACCCGUGAAAAAACUUUGGGAGAAGGAGGAGAUCGAUUCCAAAUGGGCCAGCAGCUUGUUUGCUAAGAAGAAGGAACAAACUGACCGGAGACGAAACUUGACCGAUUUUGAGCGGUUCAAGGUUAUGAGAUUGAAGAAACAGGCCCGCUAUGAAGUGCAAAAGGCACAUGCUAAAAUCCGCGCUUCCUCUUCGUAA